AUUUUCCUAAGAUUUAUUUUUCUUCCUUAGUUUUCUGUCUUCCAUUUUCUCAUUGUUUUUCACAUCUUUUUGAACUUUUCUUACAUUUCAUAGCUGAGAAUCCUGCAAUGGCUCUUUUUGGAUAUUUAGCGACCUUUUUCACAUUUGCAGCGCUCGUUUUACAAAUAUUUACGAUGAUCGGUACAACAUACAACCAACCUUUUUUACGAGACCUCUAUUUCGUUAAAGUGAGGAUAAGCAGCGAUUUUGUAAUUGCCGGCUUAUGGAACUACUGUACCGGUAACACAUCAGGUAUACAGUCAUGCUCUAAACCGGUUCCAGCCUUCGAUUGGAGCACUGCCACUGGUGUAGGACGAUAUUUGGAUGGUAUCGGUAGUUUGGACAAAAUUUUCCUUGCAGACUUCAUUCUCUAUUGGAUUGCUUUGGGCUUUACAUUUAUCGCUUUUAUUAUCACUAUCAUGAGCCACUUUAGACGCGGCCCUGAUUUAUUGGCUUCUCUUAUGACUUUUAUUGCAUGCAUUGUUCAGUUGGUUGUAUUUGUGAUCAUUCUGGUUAUUUCAAUUCGUGGUCUCAAUGCUGCAAGAGGUGUAAAUGAUGCUGUUGAUGGUAACUUGGGGCCUUCUAUGUGGAUGACUCUGGGUGCUUUUGUCUCCUUACUUCUUGCUUCCAUUGGAUAUUGCGUUGCUUGCAUCUGUGGCCCUGGUAGGGUACGUGCUUCUGACAAAGCUUAGAAAUUUUCGGAAAAUUUAUCUCUCAAGCAUACAAAAGACAAUCCGUCAAUACCACUAGAAUUUAGCACCUAAACAUUUAAUAAUAUACGCCUAUAUAUUAUCUCCUCUUACUUAUUUAUUUAUUAACAUCUACCUCAGCCUACAAAAAAGAACGCUGAUGAUCAAAGCAGAUGGCACAUGAUAGAAAACUAGCUUAAAAUUACAUCCUGUGACCCAUCAUCUUAGACCAUCUUUUUCUAUACUUCGCAAUAUACAUUUAACUGAAGCUCUAAUCCUUUUUAUAUCUUAUUUGAAUUAAUGACAUA